ACAAACUCUCCAUCAUCCUCUUCGCCUCCUUUCUUUGUUGCCGCUCCUACCACUCUCCCAAUGCCCCCAACAGCAACCACCACCACCACCGCAGCAACCACACACCUCGACGCCUGGCUGAAGCUGAACGGCUCGUGCCCGGUUUCCAGGAACUUGCAGCUGCCAACCUCGCUGUCCACGCCGCUCUCGGAGGUCGUUUCACUCUCGCAGUACGCCGCGGAUCGGAGGCGGAGGAGGAAAAUGGGUUUGUGGACAUUAUUGGAGGGAUGUCUACUUCUUGCAAAUGCAUUGGCAAUAUUAAAUGAGGACCGCUUCCUGGCACAUAGAGGGUUGAGCUUCUCAGAAUUCUCAGGGGGCACGACCAAAUCAUUUAAGGGGCAACUAAUAGGUCUCAUUUAUGCAACCCAGUACUUGAGAGUUCCUCUCAUACUGCUAAACUUCAUCUGCAUCGUUGUAAAGUUGGUGUCUGGAUGACACCACACAAGAUUUCAUUAAGUUUUGUGAUGGAUGGGACUCUACAAAAAAGACAUUUUCCUUCUGGAAGGCUGAAGAAUUUUCUCUUCAUCUUCUUCUUGGGGGGUGUAGGGGGAGGAGGUUUAGAAAAAUCAAGAAACUCUUUUUUUGGAAAUGGCCCUUUUAUAUGAUUAGUUGGGGAAUGAAGAUAUUGUGAAUUUGGUUGAAUGUUAGAGUGGUUUUUGUAUUUUGUUGAAAUAGCUUUUGCAGUUUAUGAUUCAAUGGUGUGGGAACUUUGACUUUUUGCUGUUACUGUUUGCCAAGGUGUAAACGAUGGAUGCAGCACAUGCUUUAGUCUCUGUUGGUGGUGACACAAGUUCCUCCCUUACAAUUCAUGAAUUAACUUUCUGACUAUAUGCAGCAUUUAGUGCUGUUAUUCAUUAAUGGAACUUGUCACCCUUCCAGAUGAA